CGAAGGAAUUUCAUCAAAAAGGUGUGUGUAACGUUCGAACCACAACAAUGCAAAGACUCGAUUCUCUCCUGAUCCUCGCCUUGGUCAAUCUUUCCUUUGGAUUACCAAAUGUGGAAAUUCGAGAAGAGGAAGGCCAGUUUCAAAGCGGUGAAGAUGUGAUAGUAGCCAAAGACGAAACUGGUGAAGUACUGACAACUGUAUUCAGAUAUAUGAACGAAGGAUUUCAGAUUGAAAAAACAAUCUCGGACCUUGAUCCAGCAUGCUACUUACGUGAAAUAGAGCAUAAGGGUAUGGAUGGGAAUACGUGCUUCAGACGUAUACCAGUGCCCUUGGAUACAUCAGACGAGGAAGAAUUGAGAACAAAAUGUGAAGAUCGACCAAUUUUCUUGCUUAAGCCAAUCGGCUGCGAAAGAUCGGAGUCUGGCAUGGAAAUACGACGUCGGAGAGAUAACAGUUAUGAUUGUAUUUUGGAAAAGGAGAUUACUGCAGUAUGUGUACAUGAGACAAAAGCAUGCUGCAAGUGGAUAUGUUUCAAAAAGAAAUGUACUAAGUGUUUAAAAACGGAAUCUAAGGUGAUUUAUGUCGAAAAAUGUGGUUUUGAUAUUUAAGAAAAAGUAAAACUUUAUUUACCAUUUUCGGCAUAUUAUAAUAUUCUACAUGUAUAUAUCUGAGUUGAAGUUUAAAACAUGAAAAAAAUGAAAGCCGAGUGUGUCGUUUACUUUAACUGAAUGUCGAUAUAAAUAUGUAAACGUUAAACAACUACCAAUGCCGAAAAAUAUAUAUAUGUUAGUCUUUACUGCUUAUAUCCAAAAUAAAAUAAAUCAAAUUCAUGUACAAAUAAAGAAGCUGUAAUAUAAUGCA